AUGUUCGCCCGCAAUCGUGAGCUUCGGCUUGCAUUUGGCCUUAUCUUCUGGACGAGUCUCGCGGUGACCCAAAAAGCAAGUGCCCAAGAUGAAGCGGUCAGCCAGCGGUCGGGAAACCAAUUGGAUCUGGCUGGUUCGGCCAUUGCCAAGAGUUUCGAGCCACCGCCCGAAUUCUAUAGGGGUCCAGGCUCAGGAGGGGGAUUGGAAAACAAUACUCCCAUCAGUUCCAGCGGUCAUCCCUCUCUGGGGAGUGUGGGCGAAAGUCUAAGUGAUACCUACAAUAGGUGGCGAGCUGGAGGUGCAAAUCUCCAGGAUCGCAUCAGUGUGGGUCCUUAUGGAGCCGCAGGAGUAGGGGCAUCGCAUGCACCGAAUGUGGGCAGCUUUGAAAGCAAUUCCCACCCGUAUCCCUACGAGUACUCCCACGGCAGCGGAGGAGGUGGAGUAGGAGGAGCUGGUCUAGCAGGUGGAGCUGCAAGUGGCGCCUAUUUCGGCAGUUCCAGUGUAGAGGCUGGUAUUCCCUUUGAUGUGUAUGGAUCGCGACCGGGUCACGCCGUUGGCCAUGGCCACUAUUCACCGCCAGAGUAUGCGUAUCCGUAUCCUCCGGAUAACCACGAGAUAGCCGCGCACAAGGGUCCCGGCUACGGUGACCUAUCCUCCAAAGCACUGCUGGCCAAAAGCUUUCUCAUCCCGUUGGCCAGUGCUGCAGUUCUUGGCAUCGCCGCCGCCCUGGUCAGCAAUCCUCUGCUCCUCCAAUUGGGCACUGUUUCGGGACUGGGGACCUUCGUUGGCAAACGUAAACGACGAGCAGCAGGUCGAAAUCCGACGGCGAGGAAAGUCCAUAAAUACACUUUAUAAAUAUGCCAUUCAUAACAGAAGAAAUGGAAAAUAGGCGGCUGCCUUCAAUGAAGCUCUAUCGACAAGUAACAAUCCGUGAUAAG